CACACAACAUUACGCUCCUGUUGAAUUUACUUUCAGGUCUGCAAUGUCAACUAAAUUGUUCACCGCAAACACUCCCGUUUUCAGAUGUUUGAAAACUUUUCAUAACGCUCAGGCACGAGGGUUUAGAGGUGGAGCUGCUUCCCUCGGUUCAGUGAAUUUAAAGGGUCGCAGUUUUCUCACUCUGAAAGACUUCAGCUCAGAUGAAAUCAAGAAACUGAUAUGGGUGUCAGGAGACCUCAAACAGCGGAUCAAGCAUGAAAAACAGUAUCUUCCCCUUCUACAAGGAAAGUCGAUUGCUAUGAUAUUUGAGAAGAGGAGCACCAGAACAAGAAUGUCCACAGAAACAGGUUUUGCUUUGCUGGGUGGACACCCCUGUUUCCUCACUUCCCAGGACAUCCACCUGGGAGUGAAUGAGAGUGGCAAAGACACAGCAAGGGUUCUCUCAGGACUGUGCGAUAUUGUCUUGGCACGAGUGUACAGCCACUCAACGCUGGAGGAGCUGGAUAAGGAGGCCUCCAUCCCUAUUAUUAAUGGUCUGUCUGACCUCUACCACCCGAUACAGAUUCUGGCCGACUUCCUCACCAUACAGGAGCAUUACGGGUCCCUUAGUGGACUAACGGUGAGCUGGAUUGGAGACGGGAACAAUGUCCUCCACUCCUUCAUGAUGACUGCAGCCAAACUGGGAGUUCAUCUUAAGAUUGCUACACCUCAGGGGUACGAGCCAGAAAAGAGUGUUAUUCAAGAAGCACAGAGACUCUCUAAACUGCAUGGUACUCAGCUUCUUCUGACCUCUGACCCAAUGGAGGCAGCACAUGGCAGCAAUGUUUUGGUCACUGACACCUGGGUCAGCAUGGGACAGGAGGAGGAAAAGAAGAAGAGGCUCAAAGACUUCCACGGUUACCAGAUUACAAUGCAGACAGGAAGUGUGGCCAAACCAGACUGGACCUUCCUGCACUGUCUACCCAGGAAAAUGGAGGAGGUGGACGAUGAGGUUUUCUACUCAUCCCGCUCCCUCGUCUUCCCUGAGGCUGAGAACAGGAAGUGGACAAUCAUGGGUCUGAUGGUGUCUCUUCUGACUGACUACACUCCACAUACACCGAUGCUUAAGUUUUAA